AUGGAAAAGCCACAGUUCCUUGAGCCGAUCAGCAACGUGACGGUGCCAGCCGGCAGGGACGUCCGCCUGGCAUGUGUGGUCGACCAUCUCGGGUCCUACAAGCUCGCCUGGAUUCAGCGCGACCGCUCGGCCAUCCUGACGGUGGGCAACCACGUGAUCACGCGCAACAACCGCAUCGGCGUGUCGCACGACGGCCACCGCACGUGGUACCUCACCAUUAAGGACGUGCGGCAGGGCGACGCCGGGACCUACAUGUGCCAGAUCAACACCGAGAUCGCCGUCAGCCAGGUCGGCCACGUCAGCGUCGUGGUGCCGCCCUACAUCAAGGACGACAUGAGCAGCCGCGACGUGAGGCUGCAGGAGGGCGCCAGCGUGAUCUUGGCGUGCAGCGCGAGAGGCUCGCCCGUGCCCACCAUCAAGUGGCGCAGGGAAGACAGCAGCGAAAUCCAGGUCAACGGCACCACGGCCAUGCUGGAGGUGCCCGGGCCGCUCCUGCAGCUGGCGCAGGUCAGCCGCACCGACAUGGACGCCUACCUCUGCAUCGCCACCAACGGCAUCCCGCCCUCCGUCAGCAAGCGCAUCCAGGUCGAGGUCAAGUUUCUGCCGACGGUGAACGUGCCCCACCAGCUGGUGGGCGUCCCGCUCAACCAGGAAGUGACCAUCGAGUGCUACAUCGAGGCCUGGCCGCCCGGCCUCAACUACUGGAAGAGGCCCAAUGGAAUCGAAGUGCUUCACUCGGACAACAAAUGUUUAGUUUUUGGUUUCCUCCGCGACGCCUGGUGGCUGGAGGAAAGGAGGAAUUUCGGGGCGGCAUUCACGAAAGGCUUGGAUUGUUCUCUACGAUUGUCUGAGAGGACGACCGGCGCUAUUUGUGAGAAAACUGAAGUAGACAAGAAGGAAAUGUCCCAGUUAACAUACGAAGUCAAGGAGAUCCCGGGCUCCCAGAAGUACAAGACGCACAUGCUGCUCACCAUCAAGUCGGUGACGAAGGCGGACAUCGGCGAGUACAACUGCAUCGCCAACAACAGCCAGGGCGGCGCCGAGCAGGUGGUGCGGGUGGCCGCCUCCGACCCCAUGCCGCCCAACAACCGCAACGCCCUGGAGAAAGGUUACGAAACGAAAGACGGCGCGUACGGGAAGCCCUCGCUGUCGGCUGUCAACUGGAGCAAAGACGCCGACUCCUCGACGUCGACCAAAGACGACUACGACGACCUGCUCUCGUCGUCCCAGAGGACCUUCAAGAACAAGCAGCGCCAGGCCAAAAAGAGGCUGCAGCACGCCGACCUAGAACACGACCACUUCUUCCUCCUUAUCACCAUGAAAGACGCACAGAUCUUCUCUAUACUUUAUAGCCAUAUUGUGCAAGACAGGUUCACUGCAAAUACUCGCCAGGACUGUUUGCAAAUUAUUCUCAUGAGACUGGUUGAGGCACCUGAAUCACCAAAUACAUUCGAUGGUAUUUCGUGCUCUAGUGUGUUGCACCUCGCUUCUCUGUGGCCGACAGGAUUUGCCGCUCGGAUGAGAAGGAACUAA